AUGAAUAGUUGGCUUCUAGGAAAGGAUAGUGUGCUAAUCUGGGAAAGAAGAGUCAAGAUUUUGAGGGACUGUGCACUAGCCAUUAGAUUUCUCCACCAUUACAUAGAUGGAUGCAUUGUUCAUAGGGAUAUUAAGCUUACGAACAUCCUUCUUACGGAGAACUUAGAGCCAAAGCUCUCGGACUUUGGAUUGGCAAAAGUUCUGGGAAUGGAAGAGAGCAAAGUUUUCACAGAUGUUCGGGGAACCAUAGGCUAUAUGGACCCCGAAUACAUGAGCAAUGCCAAAUUGACCUGCGCAAGUGACAUAUACAGUUUUGGAAUUGUUGCCCUUCAAAUUCUUUCGGGUCAAAAAGUCAUUGAGCUCGAUCUUGAAGCCAGAGAUCAACUCACAAGAAAGGCAAAGGAUGUAAGCAUGGGAAGACGUCCAUUGACGGAUAUCGAAGAUCCGAAACUGAAUGGAAAUCUGAACACUGUAGAUUUCGAAUCCAUACUGCAAAUUGCAGUGCUAUGUGUCGCUAAAUCUAGCAAAGGUCGACCAACGAUAGACGUUGUAUUCGGGGAGAUGGAUAAAGCAUGGCAAAACACUGCAGCAGAUAUUCGAGCAAAGAGGGAGAUGAAGGCGUUCACAGCAACACAAGCGGCGAAAUCGUUGGAAGUGCAAAGCCAAAAUAAUCAAAUUUUAAGAAUUAGGUAUGGUGUUGCAGCAACAAGAGGUGGUAAUAGUGGUGUUGACGAGUGGUAG